CCGGGCAAAUACAAACAGGUUAUGCAGUGUGCAUCUAUGGUUGUUCUCACAACGAACAAGGGAGUUGGCCGAUAUCAUCUGAUCGUAGUCUCGUCGAAUGAUGCAGCUUGCGCAAUUGCGGCACUCAGCGGGCGUGGCGGACGCAUACAACGGGCGUGGUGGACAGAGUGCUCUGCUGUGCGCCUGCGUGGCGGUGGCGGCCGGCAGUCCCCUGCUGGUCGGCGUUCAGGAGAAGGCCAAGGUGCGCAUAGCCACCCUGGACCCGGUGGAGGCCGACACCCCGGCCAACACCAAGCUGCUCAUAGAAAACGAGAAGGAGCUGGAGAUACCGGCUACUCGCGUCCUGACUUACUCCGCCCUGCCCUACGCGCACGUGUUCCGUAAGAAGCGCGCCCUGGUACGUCAGAUGCACGGACUGGGGAUGGUGGCGGCAGAUACGCCGGCCAGCACGGCCCUGCUGCAACCUAUCGUCAGCGAGCACAGCAUGGUCGUGCCCAAGAUGGUCUACAUGAUGGUCUGAGACCUGUUCAGCGAUUUUUCUGUCAUGACCUCACCGCAGCACUGCCUUGCCGAUAACUCAACUGAGCGAUGGAUACGCGCGUUUGCUCGGAAACGAUGAGAUGUAUGCGCUUAUGUAACUGCCAGAAGAAUGGGAAUGCCCAUACGCAUGGCGAUUGGUUUCCAGUGUCAAUAUGAAAAGAUUUGAAAUAAAAACUGAAAGUCUGA